UUUAAUAAAGAGAGUAAUUUCUCUCAAUUUAAACCAGUUUUAAAUUUUAAGACAUUUUUAAAUCCAUAUCUCAACCUCCCGCCAAAGUAGCUGCCUUGUUUCCGGCACGGCCCUUAAAGCAGCCGGAAGUAGCGGUCUCCAUGGAAACCCGCCAGGCACAAACUUGCCGUCGGUUGUUUAUACACAGAAACGUGGCUACAGACAGAAACAUGGCUACAGACAGAAACAUGGCUACAGACAGCGAGUUCAGCAAGUACGAUGCGACGCGUCUGCAGGAGGAGCUGGAGCAGGAGAAGGAGAUGAGGGAAAUGCUGGAGGAGUCGGUGAGUGACCUGCGGGGAACCAUGCGGGAGCUGCAGGAGCGACUCCACAGUGUGGAUGGAGAGGGUAACGAGUGGAAGACGAGGUAUGAGACCCAGACUGAGCUCAACGGACAGCUGGAGAGACAGAUCUCACUCAUUCACGAGAGACUGGAGGACCUGCGAGGGAACCCCAUGGAUCGAUUGGCUUCCAUCCGGUCUUAUGAUGACAUGGCAGUAGAAACACUGAGGCAGCGUCUGAAGCUCCUGAGCGAAGAGAAGAGCGACCUCCGGACUCAGCUGACGGACUGUCACCUCAGAACCGAGCAGGAGGGAAAGGCGUUUCAUAAAACCAACGACGAGAGACGGGCGUAUCUUUCAGAAAUUGCCAAGCUGUCCUCCACCAUCGAGGCCCAAAGAAGACAGUACUCUACCAGGCCACAAGGGGCGCUAGACAGCAAGCUGAGGAGCUCAGUGAGGCACAACAGAGGGAAGCAGAGCAGCAGGAAUGCAGAGGCUCAUCCUAAGAAAGGAAAAGAAAGAGAAGAAGAAGGUGGAGGAGGAGCGAACAUGAAAGGAGGAGGUGGCUGUGGAGCGACAGCAGAGAGGAGAGAAGAGGACAGGUCCCAAAGGGGGAACAGGUUACCCACCAUAAAGCACUGUACCUGAAAACACAGUCCCUGACCCAGACCUGAUGUUAGAGGCCCUUUCUUUAAAUACAGUAAAUGUUGCUCUCUUCUGCAUAUGAUGGACAGAAGGCAGAAGAUAUUUUCUAUAUUCUUUUUUAUUUGUGAAUUGAAUUUUGUAUUUCUGUACAUGUCAGAUUCAUAUGUUUUUGUAAACAUUUCUCAAAAGUGGUUCUUAGGUUUUCUACCCACAUGCCACAGCCAGUAUCACAAUCCAGUGUUUUUAUUAUACAACUCAAACAGUGUUACACUGAACUCAUGGUAUAGAAAUGUCACAUUUAUAAUGAAGUCUGGCAUCUCUAUAGGGAGAGAUAUUAGAGAUGGCAGAUAUUACAAGC